AUAGGGACAGAUGGGUGGGAAUUUGCGCGCACACUGAAAACUGCCUAGAGAUAUUGUACCUCUGCCUACUAUCAAAUCACUUUGGGCAUUAUACAACUAUGGCUGGAUCUGGACAGGUGAAUGACUGAAGAUGGAAAAUGUACUAUAAAGGUUUUCCUGAAACAAUAUACAGAUCCCUAUAAAACUGAGUGAAGAUGGCAUUCUUUAAAAACAACUUCUGGGGGGAGAAGAAUGCAGGUUUUGACGUGUUGUACCACAACAUGAAGCAUGGCCAGAUUGCUACCAAGGAGCUGGCAGAGUUUGUCCGUGAGAGGGCUGCCAUCGAGGAGACCUACUCCAAGUCCAUGAGCAAACUGGCCAAAAUGGCAAGCAAUGGAAGCCCACUAGGGACGUUUGCUCCUAUGUGGGACUUGUUCCGGGUGUCAUCCGACAAGCUGGCUCUCUGCCACCUGGAGCUGAUGCGUAAGAUGAAUGACCUCAUCCGGGACAUCAACAAGUAUGGUGACGAGCAGGUCAAAGUUCAUCGCAAGACCAAGGAGGAGCAGGUGGGGACCCUGGACGCUGUUCAGGCCGUCCAGGUGCAGAGUGGUCACCUCCAGAAGUUCAGGGAGGGAUACCACGCUAAAUGUAUUGAGCUGGACCGACUGAGGAAAGAGGGAGCUCCCCAGAAAGAACUGGAGAAGGCGGAGAUGAAGUCUAAGAAAUCUGCAGAGUCGUUUGCUGUGUGUAUAGAGAAGUAUAACCGCGUGGGAGGAGACUUCGAGCAGAAGAUGAGCGAAUCAGCCCAGAAGUUCCAGGACAUCGAGGAGGCACACCUGAGGCAGAUGAAACAGCUAAUCAAAGGAUACUCCCACUCCAUAGAGGACACCCACGUCCAGGUGGGACAGGUCCAUGAGGAGUUCAAACAGAACGUGGAGAACAUCGGCAUAGAUAACCUCAUCCAGAGGUUUGCAGAGCAGAAGGGCACAGGCAAAGACAAACCAGCCCUGGUGGGGUUUGAAGAGUACAUGACAGCUUUAGUACCAGAGGGGAGUAAGAAGAGUCGAGGAAAAGCCUUCAGGAUUCCUGGACUGGGCAAGAGGGACAAAGAGCCAGACUCAACGGAUUCAGCUGUGACGGAGACACCAAACUCUCCCCUAGAGGUGGAUGAGGAGGGGUUUGUAAUCCGAGCAGACGUCAAUCAGAAUGGCUGCUCGAUGGAGGACAAGGAGGACAACUUCUACUCCAGCGACUCUGACUUUGACGACGAGGAGCCCAAGAAGUUCCACAUCCAGAUCCGUCCGGUGGGCAGCAGCAGCAACUCUGCUGCUACAGAGAUGGAGCUGAAAGCCACCGUGGGGGCACUCACACUGCCCCCCAACAGAGGGGUGUCAAUCAAACGUCAUCUCUCCAGAAACAGCAGUACUACAGGACGUUCAGAGGGGGAGGGAGAGGGCGCCACCCACAGGGAGGGAGAGCAGGAUGGCCUAUGCAGAUCCACCUCCAGUCCAGAUCCCAGUAGGUUGAGUUCUACUGCGUCAGGCUCGGACAGUCUCUUUGGACCUCCUCUGGAGUCGGCCUUCAAAUCAAAAAGCUUUGCUGGUAGAGAUCAGCUACAGAGAGCAGAGAGUGUCUUUGGUGCUUCUGAAUAUGCUGCCUUCUCCUCUGACUCCUCCUCUCCUGAGAACGUAGAGGACUCAGGGCUGGACUCACCUUCCCAUCAGCCCCUAGGCCCCUCCCCUGAGCCGGCUGGUUGGGCAGCUUGGCCAUCGGCAAGUCAGAAUAAAGAACCAGCAGGACUGGGCAGGCCAGAAGACCCCUUCCUCACUGUCUUUAGAGACCCCUCCCCGGAACAUAGCCCCCACCCCCAGGACAACCCUGCCGGUAUCUGGGCAGCUGCUCCACGAUCCUCCCGCCCCCCUCCAGACAUGGACCCCUCAGCCCUCUGCUUCCCGGCCUUCUCCCAGUCCUUAGCCCCUCCAGAGCUGGACCCGGCCCUGUGGAGCUGUAAACACAUCCCUCCUGAAGACCCCUUCCUGGCUGCCUUCGAGAGGACCGUCACCCAGGAGACCCCGCCCCCCCCUGACGCCUGGGCCCCCCCACGCCCGCGCCCCUCCAGAGACGGAAGGGGGAUAGCGGUACAGGGCGACCCGUUCUCCAGCUCCCUCAGUGACAGUAAAACCCUUCCCACCCCCUCCUCCUGCUCACGCAAGGACAGGGACCGGAAACGAGACCGUAGUGCCCCGCCCCCAGAAUCACCUGAUGACCCAUUCGCCAUCACUAUGAUUGGCAGCCCCACCCACCAGUCAGCCUUAGCUGCCGCGACAGGAAUCCUGACCCACAUCGUCAGCAGUAGUAGGCUGACCCCCAACUCAAACUCCCUCCCCUUAUCCCAUCCUAAGAAGGAGCUGGUGCACUGGAACUCUGUCCACAACCCCUUCAGUGAGGGGACCUCGGCUGGGUCUCUGGCCCUGGGUGGAGUGGUCCGGGAGGGAGGGAGGAAGCACCGUGAGUCACGCAGCGAAAGCGAGCCACGCAGGAGCGGCCUGCCUCUCACACGGCAUUCUGGGCCACAGGAGGACCUGUGCUUUUCUACUGAUAAAGACCAGAACUGCCUGGACCUGAACACAUCACAGCCGCCCUGCAACAUGGGCUCACACAAGGGUUGUAAUGUUCCUCUAGGUUCAAAGCAAAGCUUCAGGCAGGACAGUGCAGAGCUGCUGGUGGCAGCCCCUCCCAGACCAGCCAGAGCCAAGAGGUCCUCAGGCAGACUGAGUGGCUGUGAGAGAUCCAGGUCAGUGUGCUCGUCUCCUCAGCCGGAACCCAGCCCAGACCUCACCUCGUCCUCCUCCUCCAGCCCCAGUGAGUGGGGGGCACAGACACGCGCCCCCAGCCCUGCCAGAGGUGGGCAGCCCUCACCCCUCUCACAUCUGAACCAAGACCAUGCGCCCCUACACAUGCAUCUGUCUCGCGGACCGAGCCCGAUCUCCCUGAGCACCCAAGAGUUAUGGCCUGUGGCUGCAGCCAUCACAGAAUACAUCAAUGCUUACUUCAAAGGUGGACAACACAACCGCUGUCUGGUGAAGAUCACAGGAGAUCUCACCAUGUCUUUUCCUGCUGGAAUCACUCGUAUCUUCACUGCUAACCCAAACGCCCCGGUCCUCAGCUUUCGAUUGGUCAACAUCUCCCGGGUUAACCACUUUCUGCCCAAUCAGAAGCUGCUUUACAGUGACCCCUCUCAGAGUGACCCAGACACCAGGGACUUCUGGUUCAACAUGCAGGCACUGAACCUUUACCUGCAGAGAGAGGCUGAGCUCAACCCCCUGGCCUCCUACUAUAAUGUGGCCCUACUCAAAUACCAGGUGUCGUCCCAGGACCCUGGUCGUGCUCCCCUCCUGCUGUCAGCAGAGUGCCAGCGUAGUGGCACGGUGACCCGUGUAGCACUGGACUACCACUGCUGCCCAGCCACCGCCCCCUCCACCCAGCUCACUGCUGUGCAGGUGCUGCUGCCCCUCGACCACACCGCAACAGACCUGCAAUGCCAGCCCCCAGCCUCCUGGAAUGCUGAGGAACGACAGCUACUGUGGAAACUACCCAACCUCUCCCCUACCAACCACAGCAAAGGCUCUGGUACUCUGUGUGCCAGCUGGCAAUGCCUGGAGGUUCCUCGUGGACCUCCCCCCAGCCUGGCAGUCCAGUUUGUGGGCUCCGGGGCCUCUCUGUCGGGCAUGGAUGUGGAGCUGGUGGGCAGUCACUACCGUAUGUCCCUGGUCAAGAAGAGAUUUGCCACAGGGAAGUACAUGGCAGGCUGCUCCUUGUGAGGAGCAAUAGGAGUUCCUGGAGUACACAUUGCACUUUUAGCCCUCUGGGCCAUACUGACCUCCUUCCCCAGGAGGUAGAGGACAGAGACUGGGAUGGGUUUGACAUUGGGACCAGACACCGUGCUCACUCAUUCUCCUGGCUUUGGAGGAGAAUGUGCACUUAACAUGUGUAUGCUGACCUUGCCGCUAAAAAGGAUCAAGCUCGUUUUCGGACCUAGCCUUUUCUUUUUCAGCUCUGAAUUGUACACGCAAUCCUCGCCCUUUCCCAGAGGAGUGUACCCAUCUUUUUUUCUUGUAUUGAAUCUUGUUUGUUGUGUUUGCAUUGUGUUCUGUGUGCCUUUUUAUAUCAGGAGUUUGAAAACUGGAUGUAAGAAGUUGGCUUUAUUGGAGAGAAUUGUGUGUAUGAAUAUAAACAUACUACUAACAUAAUGUCUUGAACAGAAUUUCCAUGGAAACUUGAAUUUAAUGUAAAUAUAAGGAAUAUUUCUGCACAUAUAGACAGAAUCAUUGUCAGUGAUAACAGUAUUAACACUUCAUUGGCCAGGAAGACAGAAAAAUGUUAGUAAAGCUGUUUUUCCAAAAUAUACACAUUUCAUUAAUAAAUGAACGUGGCCAAAAACA